AUGCUCCCACCAGAAUACCCGCUUCGCAACAAUUCGGUGGCAUCGGUCGUCGAGUUAAUGGAGGAUGCCCUCGUUAUGGACAUCGAACAUCCGGACAUAGCGCAGAGGGAUCACUCGGAAGAAGACGGCUUCAUCUGCCAUGCCUAUGUUCGAUACGAAGAAAGGCGUGACGGUAUCUGCGACGUUCAGGCCAUCGUACUCUGCCCGAGCCAGGCGGUAUCUCAAGAUAACAUAAUUUUGUCCCUCGCCUCGGUUCUUCAUUCCAAUGGGGUCGAACAUUUCAACUAUUACAUAUCCAACGGGGAUAUCGUAGACGCUCUCAGGUUCACUGUUCUUUUCCGGGCGGCGAUAAUACUCCUGGGGCAAGAGCAUCCCGAGCGAGCGAAAAUCCUCUUCAGCCUCGCUAUGAUGCUCACGGAGUGCCAGUUCCGUCAUACCGACCGUGAUUUACUCGAGGAAGCUAUUGCUGUCCAUCGGCAGGUGGAAAACCUACGACCCGGGCCCCAUUUAGACCGUGGUGCCGCUCUUAGGAACUUUGCAACGUCCCUCGUGCUACGUUAUGAGCGUUACGGAGGCACUGAAUCGCUGAGUGAAGCGACUUUCCGUUUCAGGGAAGCUUUGGAUCUACACCCAAUGGGUCAUCCGGGUCGCGUGGCCUCCCUCAAUAACUUGGCCAGUUGCCUUCAACAUGUAUAUGCGCGAGAAGGGCGCGAUGAUAUAUCCAAGGAAAUCAUGAGCGUACGCAGAGAGGCCCUAUCUCUUGCCCCUCCUUCUCAUCCUCAUCGGUUUGCUUGUCUCAACAAUCUGGCGAACAGUAUCUCGACGCACGUGCGGCGACAUGGAGACGUUGAAAAUAUGGAUGAAGCUGUCUCACUCUACAAAGAUGCGCUGGAACUGUUGCCUGCUGACCAUCCAAGUCGUGGUGCAGCACUGGUUGGCCUGGCCAAUGCUCUCAGGAUCCAGUUUGACCAUGUCGGAGACCUCGUUGCCCUCGAAGAAGCGAUCUCGGUCUCCAGAGAGGUUGCAUCCACCCAUGCACCGGGACAUCCUCUUCGCGCAAAUUCUCUUUCCAACCUUGCGAACGCCCUCGUCGAUCGAUACGAUCGUACUCUGGACGCUGCCGCUCUUGAUGAAGUGAUCGCUCUUCGCCGGGAGGUUGUCGCCUUAUAUACAGAAGGGCAUGCGGAUCGUGCAUCGUCGCUCAGGGAUCUCUCGAGCUGCCUAAGGAUGCAUUACGAGCACUUUGGUGACGUUUCCUCGCUCGAUGAGGCAAUCUCAAUACUAAGAGACAUCCUCGAGAUCGAGUCGGAAACUCAUCCGGAUCGCGACAUUUCAUUGAACAACCUUGCCAAUUCUCUCUCCGCAAUGCAUAAUCGACGCCAAGAUCCGAUCCUGCUCAUAGAAGCAAUCAAUCUCUUACGAGAAACGCUGUCAAUGCGCCACGAACGCCAUCCAGGGCAUGGAAUGGCUCUCAGUAACCUGGCCAAUUGCCUUUUAAUCCGUUACGAGCAGUACGAAGACACAGCCUCUCUCGAUGAAGCGGUUGAGCUUAUGAGAAAGGCCUCGGCGAUACAUUCUGAACAGCAUCCGAACCGUUUCGGGACGUUGCUCAACCUCCACCGGGCACUGUAUCAUGUUCACGAAUUGUCUCCAAACCCGGAUUUAGCCGCUGAGAUGCACUCGAUACUGGUUCAGGCAGAGAAGGUUCUAUCAUGGGGUACAGGCGACCGUGUCGAUGUCCUCUUCCGUUUCUCGCAACAUCAUCUCAAGCAGGAUAGGCCGUUCUUUGACCUUUCAGCUUCAGUGGAUUAUGUCUGUAAAGCGAUUUCAUAUCCCUUCGGAUCAUUACGAGAGCGCUUGCCUCGCUCCCAGGCGCAUCUACAAGAACUCGAAGCAGUGCUGUCAGAGUACGAUGGACCUGAAAUAUACGAAAUAUACACCCAUCUUCUCGAGGCGUAUGAAAACGCGAUCGGGCUCAUGCCACGUAUCGCAGUUCUCGGUCUUGAUCCCUCGAGACGUCUGUCAGCGCUAGACGGCUCCCAGCUAAUCACCACCAGUGCAUCAUCCUUGGCCAUGCGCCUCGGUAGACUGAUCACAGCGGUUGAACUGCUGGAACAGGGUCGAGCGGUUUUCUGGUCUCAAGCCCUGUCCCUUCGCACCCGAUUCGACGAACUCCCGAUCGAUCUUUCCUCGGAGCUCGCUCGGCUCUCGCGCUUGCUCGAGGAAGACUCCAUGCCAGAAACUGUUCAGGCAAAUGCGGCGGUGCAUGCCCGACAUACUGAGCACGCAGCUAGGAGGCGCCGCCAAAGUGAAGAGUUCGACAGGCUGGUAGCUAAAGUACGCAGCAUACCCGGGUACGAACGCUUCUUGCUCCCGGAACCUUUCGACGAGCUCGCCAAGGCAGCCAUCUCGGGGCCAGUCGUUAUAUUGACCGCCGGCAUGAUCGAGUCGCAUGCAAUCAUCAUCCAGCAUGAUCGACCUGCUGCACAUAUUGUACUUCCGUUGAUGAAUGCUACCACUGCUCACGCACUGGGAGCCUCUUUACGAGGCGAAAGCAUCAAGUUUAGGUUGCUUCGUCGCCGAGCCCGCGAAGUGACCAUCACACUCGAAGAUAGGCCUCGCUCAUCUCCCAGCGAGGCUGACUAUAUACUUAGUGCCGACAACGGGGAUGAAUCGGACGACAAAUUGGAGGAAUUCCUGAUAACACUUCUUGAGAGGCUUUGGACUACUAUCGUCGAACCCAUCGUUCGAGAACUGAGGUUGAAGCCACGCAAGGGACACGCUCGACCUCGACUCACCUGGCUGCCCACUGGCCCGUUCUCGUUCCUUCCACUCCACGCUGCCGGGACUUACACAUCAGAAGAGGCCCAUAACACGUCACAGUACUUUGUAUCCUCGUACACUCAGACGUUGAGUGCUCUGCUGAUUGCUCAAAGAAAACCGUCCGUUAAGAAAACCGAGGACGUCAGGGCGCUCCUUGUAGCAGAACCCCAGGCUUAUGGAGGCAGGACCGAGAUCUUAGAUGGUGUCACGGAGGAAAUCCAUGCUGUGGCCGAAGCAUUGCCGCCAAAUAUCACCACCAUCGUGCAACGAGAGCAAGAGCCGCCUACGCCAACAACGAUCUCCCGUGUGAUCCACCAUCUCUCGGAGAGCACCGUUCUUCACCUCGCAUGUCACGGUGUUCAAAACAGCAGAGACCCGCUCCAGAGCGCCUUCAAGCUCGGGGAUGGCGAUCUGACGAUAGAGAAGCUGAUGAAGCUCAACUUGCCCGACGCCACCUUUGCAUUCCUGAGCGCGUGCGACACGGGCAAAGGCGACAGCUUGCAUCCCGACCAGGUCAUUCACCUCGCCGCUGCUCUACUCUUCACCGGCUUCCGCAGCGUUGUUGCGACCAUGUGGCCGAUGGCAGACGAUGCAGGACCAGUCGUCGCCAAGCAUGUGUACAAACGAUUAUUCGAGUCGCAGGAUGGGGUGGUUGACUUCGAUAUUGUACCGUACGCGCUCGACAGUGCUGUCCAGAAGCUCCGAAACCGGGGAUUCAGUGCGUACGAGUGGGCGCUUUUCGUGCAUUGGGGCGCCUGA